AUGGCGGAUCAGCUCACCGACGAUCAGAUCUCUGAAUUCAAGGAAGCUUUCAGUUUAUUCGACAAGGAUGGUGAUGGUUGCAUUACCACGAAGGAGCUUGGCACCGUGAUGCGAUCCCUCGGUCAAAACCCGACCGAAGCUGAGCUUCAGGAUAUGAUCAACGAAGUUGAUGCUGAUGGUAACGGUACCAUUGAUUUCCCUGAGUUCUUGAACCUAAUGGCUAGGAAAAUGAAGGACACUGACUCUGAGGAAGAACUCAAGGAAGCGUUUAGAGUCUUUGAUAAAGACCAGAACGGUUUCAUCUCCGCUGCUGAGUUGAGACACGUGAUGACAAACCUCGGCGAGAAGCUAACCGAUGAAGAAGUCGAUGAGAUGAUCAAGGAAGCUGAUGUUGAUGGUGAUGGUCAGAUCAACUACGAAGAGUUCGUUAAGGUUAUGAUGGCUAAGUGA